AUGGGCCAGACUACGACAGUAUUAUCGGCAUUGUUUAUUGCCAUUGGCGGGUUCCUCUUUGGUUACGACUCAGGCAUUAUCGGAUCCGUCAUAUCGCUUCCGACUUUCAAAGAACGCUUCUCUACGCCAGAUGCCAACACCGUCGGAGGGAUUGUUUCCUCUUUUCAAGGAGGUGCCAUUCUCGGCACAAUUAUCAACAUGAUUGGUGCUGACUGGGCCGGACGAAGGAACACAAUUUUCGCCGGCUCAGUCGUCUCUACAUUGGGCUGUGCUAUCCAAGCCGGCUCCAUCAAUAUUCCCAUGUUAAUCGUUGGCCGUUUCAUCGCUGGUGUGGCUGUUGGCAUGUUAACUGCAACCAUUCCCAUGUACGCUUCUGAGCUUUCCGAGGCGAAAUACCGCGGUAUGCUUGCAGGCCUCCUGCAAUGGAUGCUGAGUUGGGGGUUCUUCGUGGCUCAAUGGUUGGGCUAUGGAUGUUCGCAUAGCAAAACAGAAUUCUCUUGGCGGUUCCCACUUGCAUUCCAGACAGUCCCCAGCCUGACCCUGAUGGCAGGUAUCUACUUCCUGCAGGAGUCGCCGCGAUGGCUGGUCGAAAAAGAGCGCAUCGAAGAGGCGCGUGCCGCGCUUCAGAGGCUCCGACGCGGGCAAGACGAAGCGGCUAUAGAAGCGGAGUUCAACGAUAUCCACCAGACAAUUGUGGCGGAUCGUGACAUCGCCAAAGUAUCGUGGAAGUCCAUCAUUACGAAGCCGUCAUGGCGACGCCGCUUGCUCCUUGGUUGUGGUGUUCAGGCCUUUGGACAGCUUUCUGGAAUCAACGUCAUCAACUACUACGGGCCAAUUAUUUAUUCCCUUCUUGGCAUUGAGAAUCAAGAGUCCUUGAUGAUUACCGGAAUCAGCGGCGCGUUGUCCAUCGUUUACUGCAGCAUUGGCUUGUACCUGUUGGACCGUGUCGGCCGAGUCAAGCCAUUGAUUGGUUCUGCUAUCGGUAUGGGACUGUGCCUGCUCGUGAAUGCAGUGCAGGCGCAGUACUUCAACGAGGAGAACUCGAACCAGUUGCGCUCCAUGGUCGCCAUGAAUUUCUUAUUCAGCUUCUUCUUCACACCCGUAGGCAUCAUCAGCUGGGUUUAUCCGGCCGAAAUCUUCCCGAUUCAGGCAAGAGCCCUUGGUAACGCCAUCACGACAUUUACCAACUGGACUCUGAACCUCGUUUUUGCGCAGUUCAGCCCUCUGGCACUAGACGCAGUCCGCUUUCGUUACUUUUACGCCUUCUUCGUUUUCAACCUCGUAGCUACCGUUGCUUAUUUCUUCUUUUAUCCUGAGACGAAGCAGAGAACUCUUGAGCAGAUGGAUGAGCUGUUUGGAGACGCAAUUGUUGACCACCACACCACCAUCCACGAGAAGAACAAGGAUCUGGUGGUCGAUGAUGCAGAAGUCGCCGACAAGAUUUAG